UCCCUAUUGUUUUGCAAUACGAACUAGUUCCUGGAAUAUCAAAGGCGAUAGUUUGUUUGGAAUACCAGGCUACGUAGUAAAAACAUGCAGAUACUGUACAUAGUGAUAACGUCCUACACUUUGGUUAUAUGAUUUCUUGUUUCUUCGACGAGAAACACAUAUUUUUGCCACUAGACGUACAAAUCCGCUCAUCGAACAUCUCGUUCGACACGACUGUCCACAGCGACACAAUUUUCCCGCCUCUUCCCCAGUCUUCGACUCUCUAACAGCCAGCGUCGAGAGGACUGAACAGUAGCUACCAGUUCUCCUCAAGCCGAGAAAUAAAAAUGGCGGCCCAAAGCUUGCAUGUGCUCGCUUUAUACUCUUCGUUGUUUUUCGUCGUUGAGAGGUCCAAAGUUGGGGAAUAAUUUAAUAUUUAAGUGUUCCUUGAUCAUUCAUGCCGGCCAUCAACACUGAAAACCUAACUUUAUUAGCUUACAUGGUUCUUUUCUGAGGAGAACAUGGAAAUGAAGCGAUUAUUUAUUGGUGGGUUAUACAGUAAUAUCAAAGAAGUGGAUUUAAGGGAUCGUUUCAAGACUUUUGGAACUGUAUCAUCAGUUGAGAUUAUAAGAAGAACAGAUGAAAAAGGUUGCCCUAUUAAGACAUUUGCCUACAUUGACAUGCUGCAGACAGAAAUUGACUUCAGAAGGUGUGUUUCAUUGCUGACUAACUCAAAGUGGAAAGGUUGUUGUUUGAAGAUUCAAGCUGCCAAAGAAAGUUUUGUUACAAGGCUAGAAAGGGAGAGACAACAAAAAGAUCAAACCAAUAUUUUACCAUCACUGAAAAAUGGCACCAAAGACGACACAGAAAUUGUUGGGAAAGUAUAUCAUGAAUGGGAAACACAGAAGCAAAAUGCAAUUCCUGAAACACUUCCAAAGGCUGUCCCAGGUACCCCCCUUCCAGGAAAGAAAAACUGGGUUGUUGGUAAAUUUGGACGUGUGUUACCAGUUGUGUACUUGAGGCGUAGAGACAGGAAGAAGAUAGCCAAGUUUGAUCCCAGUAAGACAACACACUGCUUGAAAAAAAUUAAACCUGAGGAUCUGAACACUACUGUAUCUGAAUUGACAUGGCACUUGGAAUCAGAAAAGGAGAUACCAAGUGGAACUCCAGGAAAGUUAAUGCAACUGAAAGGGAAGAAACAGCAGAAAUCGAAGUCAAAGGAUGUCGAUUCUACCAAGGCGGAUUUUGAUGUUGGUAAUGGUUUAGAAAGGUAUGAAAAGAAAGCGAGUGCUGAAACACUGAAGGGUAACUUUGUACCAUCCCCAUCUGCUUCUCAUACAAAAAAGCUGUCAGCUUAUGGUAGUGGUGAUUUGGAGUCUGAUUCCAGUGCGUCACAUUCAGAAUCAGAUACAGAUCAUUAUCAUCGCUCUGCAGAGCUUAAGGGAUAUACAUUGAGCAACACAGAGAGACAUGGCUCGAAUACAUUUGAUAGUUCAACUUCCAGUAUGUCACCCUCUCGUGAUGCCCUUUCAGUUUCUACACCUUCAAAAAUGAACAUUGUUCCAGUAGAAAAGAAGAAGACAGAUGUGCUUUCAUGUAAAAGUGAAGUAAAAAGUGCUUCGUGCACAAAAAUUCAGAAUGAGAAUAAUGAUAUCAGUGGCAGUUUGGUAUCACCUAACAUUGGUAGAGUACAGCUUGAGAAUGAUAAGAAUUUGUCAGAUGAAAACAGCUCAAUAACAAGUGACAGGAAUUCUUCAGACGGUUCUGUUGAAACAUCAGAUAUGGAAUCGAGUGGAAGUGAAAUUGUAAUCAAAAGUAGUAGAGAUCAGCUAUCUCCAGAGAUUGCUUCGAAGUUAGUUGGCGAAGUUAGCCCUUUGGACAAUUCCGACAGACUCCUGAUACGAUCUCCGAAAACAAAAGAUGAAUCAAAGGUCACAGAUAGUCCACAUAAACAGAAGCAUUCAAACGAGAAACGACUAGAUGCCUUAAAAGACAAAAAGAAGACUUUGCUUGCUCAGAGAAAUUUAAUCAAGGAUGCCUUAAAGGAUCUGGACCCUGGGACACAAAGCCAUGAUGGAAAGAAGCAUAUUGUGUUUUUUGAUAAUGAUGAUGAUGCAAGCGGUGAUAAAGUAAUGGAGAAAGCUGCUUAUUCUAUUGGAGACAAGAUUUCAGGUUCCAAAGCCAGUUCGUGGCUAGGAUUGGAAAGUGACAGUGAUGAAAGCCAUGAGCAGGAAGGUGAUGACGGCCAUGACAAAUCUAGUCAUCUUGUCACAGUGAAAUCGCAUUUUGAAGGAAAAGCUGGAGAAGAGCUUUUCAAAUUGCAAAGGACGUUUGGAGGGGAUAGACGCUUUGAGCUUGACUCGCGUUUCUUAGAAAGUGAAGACGAAGAAGUCAGCAAUAGUAGAGACAAAGAUGAAGAAGCUGCCUACUCUGAUGCAAAACAUUUAUUGUCAGAAAGGAAUUCAGAGACUAUCUCCUCACAAAACGAUGAUGAGAUUAGCAGGAGUCUUGCCGAAGAAAAGGCGGUUGCCAUGAAAGUUCUCAGCAAUAUUUUUGGUGGGAAUUUCAGGGCUGAUCACAGCAGUCGAGAAAGUCAGGAAAAGAACCCGGAAUUCAGUUUAGUCCAUUACGAUCCGGCUCGAGAGGACCACAAGCAAUUUGAACAGACCGCGUCAGAGGAAACAGAGCAGGAACCAGACCCUGCAUUUGUUGAUGAAAAGCAACCAGAGGACCCUGUAUUACCCGACGUUUCCCAAGACAAGUAUUACGAUGCUAACACGUCUUCGUUGGCGGAGCUCUUUGGAAACAAGAAACAGGGUACAACUUUCACGUUCCUUUCCCAAGAGCCAGAGGACGAUGCAGAUUCCACUCGUGACGAACACAGUCAAGUUGGAGCAGUUGAGCAGAUUAAGACAAAUCAUUGGCAGUCUGCAACUAAACUUCCAUAUGACAGUAGUGACGAUAACGACGAUGACGAUGGUGAUGAUGUGGACUUUGGGGGUACUGGUCGUCAGUCUGGUAAAGCCACGUCACAACUUGACGAAUUGUUCUUCUUUCAUCCAGAUGACCCUGAACUGGCAAAUCGUAUCAAUGAUCAAGAAUCGCAGUUUAUGAGAACAGGGAGCGAAGAGGAAGUCAGCGAAUACUGGGUGAAGGUGAGAUCUGAUCUCACGCAGGACUACAAGAGAAAACGAAAAGAUGCGGUGCGGCGACAGAACAAAUUGGCUGCUAAGAGGACAAGACAUAGAUGACAGCAGUUCUUGUUAGCGCUCACUUUGACAGGUGGUUCAACUGUACAUCGUACUAAUACAUGUAAUACUCCGGCGCUGUUCUAUUUGAAGUGCAUCCAUGCAGAUAUUGACGUGGAGAGCAACAACCGAGAAUUUACUCUUUAUUAGCAAGGUAACUUGUAUUGAUCGUUUUUUUUUUUUUUUUCCCACAAUUAUCAAGAAACGGUAAAGAAGGUACACCUUGAUCAGAAGAAUAGAGCAACUGAUAACCAAAAGGAAGUUGUGUUACUGGGUAUCCAAAUUGUACCGACUACACAUGUAACCUUGCUAAAAUAAAACUGGGUAGAAAAGAAAAUUACAUGCUUGGUUGUUAACUGAGUCGUUCCUUAACUUAUGUUCAACUAACCUUGAUAUGUAGGAUGUUCCACCUUUCACCUUCUGAAUUGUGUACACUUCCCAUAUCUUUUAGUGAAUUUACGAUUAGUAUUUUCGUUUGUUCGUUUGUUCGUUCGUUCGGUCGGUCGGUCGACUGCUCGUUUGUUCCAAUCGUUCGUUCGCUCGCUCGUUCGUUCGUUCGUACACUCGCCAAGUCACUCGUUUGCUUGUCAGCCUGCGAACAAGCUCCCGGUGAGCCCGUCCCGCCCCGAUCGCUUCGUUCUCGAAAUUAUUCUGUUUCACGCUCGGCAAAUGUUUUUUUUUUCCGUCCUCGCCGGGAGCCUAUUCGCAGGCCAUUUGCUUGUUCGCUCAUUGUUCCGCGAUCACUUCGAUCAUUCAGAGUUUAACAACGAGGUGUUAAUCAGGGAAAUGAAAAUCCAUCUUACGCUCUUACUGCUCGAUUAGCCAUAUGGAGUCCAUUCCAAGAAGGACAGUUCCUCCUGACUGAACACGUAUAAGGCCUCAGUGCUAAGAGGUUUAAAACACCAAGCUAACCUGUUCCCGGCGUUUGGUUGGUGCGGCGCGAAGGAGUGGAAAAAGGCGAGGGGUUUAGCAGAUCCCCUCUUCUCGCGCUAGCCUCGUUGCCCUUUUGCUCGCCCUCACAAACCAAGAGCCUGGAACAGGCUAACACUAAUCAUGUUACCCGACCUUUAUCCCCUAAAUAUUCCAGCCUGUGCUAACAAAAAAAUUAAGGAACAAGCAGCAGAUCAAUGGCCGAGGAAAAACUUUAAAUUUGUAAUAACAAAACCUCUUUUAUUUCACACUGCUCUCUACAUUACUGGCAAAUUAAUAUGUUACAGAAGAUGUAAACGCUAUCCAUUUCUCAUGUGAAAAUCCCGCGGUAAAAUGCUUACUCGCCAGUGGACGGGAGCAGCAGCAUAAUGACCACUUUGAAAUUGGGGGUUUUCGAUGAUAAGCUAAAAAUGUCUGGCACUACUUACACAGGGGACCCUAGCAACCAACUAAAGGGAUAAUAACAUAGAUCAACGCAUUCUUUCUUCGUAGCGACCAUAUUUAAUUUUAAAUACGCGGUAAUCUGGUAGGAGGUCUGGAACUGAUAAGUGUUCGUUAACUUGUUGUGCGAUCGGAAUUUCCGAAUUCUUUAGGCCGUUCAAGCGCCCGUUAAUUUUCUGGCUCCACACCUCGGCAU